GGCCUGGGCUGAGGCUGUCAUCUCCCAGGAGGACCUGUGUGGCCGUGGCAGGACGACCAGGAGGAAGGAAGCUCCAGGGACAAGACGGACGACGUGUGAGCGUCUGGAGCACGCCUACCCAGACGGGGCUGAGUCAGGAGCCGUGUUCAGGGUCCACUGGAGGAUGAGAGGACUGGGACACAGGAACAAGGGAUUCUGCUGCUCUUGUUGUGGAGCUCCACGCAGACGAGGAGAGAGAGACCUGUAGAGACGAGGAGGGAAGGCAGAGGCCAGCCCUUUGAAAAGCAAGAUGGGGAGCUGCUAAUGCAACAUGAUCCAGAGGGUCUUGCCCUAAAAAUACUACUGGGCUGCAGACUGCACUCUGCUUAUAAUUACUAGGGUGAGAAACAAUGCAUGCUUUUAACAUGUUCAAUUGGACUAGGAGCUGUGAGAGUUGAAAUUCUUGCUGAAGAAAUCUGAAAGUAAUCACAUACAAAUUAAUUAAUUAAUUACAUUUGGCUGCUAUUUUGUGAAGCAUACAUAGAUACAGAAAGAUUUCGGAUAUUCAUAGCCUCUAACAGGCCUUGAGAAACGAUUCACUAUUGACGUAGCCCACAGCAUCAAAACUUUCAAGAUUAGACGUUAAAAGUACAUUUUUCUCAUUACAUGACAUGACUUGAUUGGUACUCAAUCCAAAGCAGUAGACAGCAGGGCUGAGAUUAGGACCCUGCCUGCAGAACCAGCUCUAGGACCCUGCCUGCAGAACCAGCUCUAGGACCCUGCCUGGAGAACCAGCUCUAGGACCCUGCCUGCAGAACCUGCUCUAGGACCUUGCGGCAGAACCAGCUCUAGGAACCUGCCUGGAGAACCAGCUCUAGGAUCCUAACUGCAGAACCAGCUGCAGAAGGACCCUGCCUGGAGAACCAGCUGCAGAAGGACCCAGGCCCCCAUGAGUGGCGCAGCCAUGAGGAAGGCCGAGGUCCAGGUGACCCUGAAGAAAGGUGCGGAUGACGGUCUGUGUGGGGCGGCCCCGCCUAGCCCCAUCAUCCCCCCCAAACGCUCAAAAACCAGCCCGGACCAGGUGGUCCCAGACCCCACGGCCUACCCCUCCCAGACCCCAGCCAUGUUCAUCCGCAAGAUGAGGAACGCUGCCGUAGGGACGGGCUGUGACAUUCGUCUGAAGGUGGGUGUGUCCGGGGAACCCCAGCCCUCGCUGUAUUGGUACCACAACGACGACCUGCUCAACAUGGAUAACCAGGAGUACGGAGGUCUGUGGAUCAGAGACUGCAAGCCCAGUGAUGCCGGCCUUUACACCUGCAUAGCCAAUAACCACCUGGGGGAAGCCAGGAGCAGCGCUGUCCUGGCUGUCCUCGACCUAGGCGAAGAUUCGGAGACGACAGAGGAUGAGGGAGGGGAAUCCUUUGACACCAGAGAGGAGGGAGUGGGUCUCCAGGAACCGGCUGCACAUGCAGGACACAGAGUGAUGGACAGUUGGGGAGACGAGGAGUUUACAGCUCCCAGAACCAGGAGUCACUCUGAAGACGUUCUACCACCCCCCUCCCCAAGAACAAUCAAACGGCCCUCCACCUCUCCGAUGCCAAACCGCUCGGGUUCAGCCCCUACCACCCCCCUCACCCCCCGAAAGAAAGCUAUAGUGCCGGCCGACUACCAAGACACAGUCCCCGAGGAGUUCGAGCAGAAAGUCAAGCAGCCCAAAUCCUCCACGGGCAUGUCCCAGAGCAGUGCUCAAGACUCUCGCCCCCAGACGCCUCUCAGUGAAUACUCCCGGAAGGACCUGACCGCCAGACCCUCUCCUAAGCUCACCCGCGCAAGCUCCAAGAUCUUUGAGAAAGUCCGCGGUUUCGAGGAGCGAAGGCGAAGCCUUGACAAUCCAGAGGGAUCCAUAUCUGGACGAUCCUGGGCUGGCUUCAACCGCGCCGGGUCAGUGGACUCGGACGACGGAGGAAGCCGCCUGGGCAUCUCCAGAGAGAGCUCCAAGGAGGACCUGCGUGAGGCUCUGAAGGAGGAUGCUGCGGAGCGGAGGAGCAUGUUCAGGCAGAGGGCCGCCUCGCUGGAGGAGAAGGCGCGCUACUCCGAAAAGGUACAGGACAUCGAGAACAAGUUCACAGAGGAGCUCCAACGCAUCAAGAAGCUGGUGGGGAAGCCUCACCUGAAGAAGUCCUUCUCCACCGAGCAGCUGAGCCUGCGAGGUCGACAGAGGCUGCCUGAGCGGAAGCUGGAGCCCAUCCCACCUCAGGUCCUGCAGAAGCUGCAGGAACGGGAGCGCGCCCAGUGGGAGAAGGAGCAGAAAGACAAGGAGCAGACCAAACAGUGCUCGCCGCCAAAAUCACCUCGACUCGCAAGCAAGCAAUCCAGACCCCAGGAGACAGAGCGUCCGUCUGCCUCGUGCAGCAGGUCAGGAGAGGCAGCCUCCACUCCAGAGUCUAUGCAGCUGUCUGAUCUGCCGGGACAGCGCUCGAUAAGAGAGAUCAGCAGGAGCAGUCCAGUCAGAGAGGUCUAUCAGCGGUCUCCCUCCCCAGCGACGUCUCGACAACAGAGGGCAGAGUCGCCGAGCAGGAGUCUGGUUGACAUGACACUACGUAAGGUUGAACGAAGGCCAGCCAGCCCCCUGGUGCAAAGGGUCUCCCGGAUGCAGGAAUCCCCACACGUCAAAGAGUCUCCUGCCAAAACAUCACCAAAGGAAGAGUUGUCUGGAAGGAAGACACCUGUAGAGCUUGUUUUAAGAAAAGUAGAAAACAGACCUGCAAGCCCGUUGGUACAAAGAAAAUGUACCGAUUUACCAGAUAUUCCAGACCAAGUCCCAGCUAAAACCCCAAGGCUGACGGCCUCUUCAGCCGCGCCCCCAGCCCCCCCACUGGGGGAGAAGACAGAGGUGGAGGCUCCCAGGCCGGCCCCCAGGCUCAACAUCCCCACUAUUAUUGUUGAAGAUGAGCCAAUGGAAGAAGACGAUCCUGCUGAGACUGACCAGUCACAGAAGGCUGACGUCCCCCGAGAGCAGAAGACCAGAGGAAGAGCCCGACGCACCAGGCCCAUGUCCCCAGAGCAAGAUUCUUCAGAUGACUCGUACGUGUCUGCUGGGGAGGAUCCGUUGGAGGCUCCUGUGUUUGAGUUUCCCCUGCAGGACACAGUGGCUACUGCUGGGAUGGAUGUGCUCAUGAAGUGCAUCAUCGCUGGGAACCCUCUGCCCCAAGUUACCUGGACAAGAGACAACACAGUGCUCUCCAGUGGAGCUAGUGUUGUAGUGAAGGUGGAGGGGGAGCGCCACACUCUGCUGAUCAGGUGGGCCAAGCACAGCGAUGCUGGGACCUACUGCGUCACAGCCGUUAACGAGGUGGGCAAGGCGUCCAGCAGGGCCAGCCUCUCUGUCAAAACAGAGCCCCCCCCUGAGCCCCGGGGGGCCCUGGCCGUGCGUGUGGAGGCCAGCAGUCCCAUCACCUCAGACGAGGAGUACCUCAGCCCCCUGGAGGAGGCUGCUGACCCGGGCCCCGAGCUCAGGACUCUGGACUCCAGGUUCAAGGAGCCCCCGGGCUUCCUGGCCACCAUGAAUGACCAGGCAGUGUUUGAAGGUCAAGAGGUCACACUGUCUGUGAGAGUCAGUGGGCAGCCCAAACCCAUGCUGUACUGGCUUAGAGACAGAGUCACAGUGAAGACCGGCCCACGUCACCUCGUCCAGGAGAUGGAUGGCGGCACGUUUCAGAUGACCAUCAGGUCGGCUCUGCGGUCAGACAGCGGUGUGUACACCUGCAAGAUCAUCAACGAGUACGGCAGCCGGCAGUGUGAGGGCAGGCUGGAGGUCACAGCCCCCCCCGUGGAGCCAGCUUUAGCGGUCACCCGGCCCGUCAGAGACAUCACUGCCAGGGCUGGAGAGACCGUCAUGUUCGAGUGCCAUGUGAUUGGUCCUCAAGACACAGAUGUGGAUUGGCUGGCUGAUGGGAAGCUGAUGCAGCCUGCGCUGCUGAACUGUAAGAUGCACUUUGACGGGAAGAGAUGUCGCCUGCUGCUCAACUCAGUCCACGAGGACGACAGCGGCACGUACAUGUGCAAGCUCAGCACAGCCAAGGAGGAGCUGACAUCUAGCGGGCAGCUGAAGGUUCUUCCCUCCAUCGAGCCUCUGUUCACCCGGAUGCUGGACGUGCUGGAGGUGAUUGAGGGCCGUAACGCCCGCUUCGACUGCAAGGUCAGCGGGACGCCACACCCCUGCGUCACCUGGAGCCACUUCGACCACCCGCUAGCCCACAGUGAGGACGUCCACAUCCUGCAGGAGGGCGGACGCCACUCGCUGGUCCUCUCUCACGUCUCCAACGAGGACGAGGGCUUCUACACCGUCGUGGCCCGCAACGCACAUGGAGAGGCCGAGUGCUCGGCCGAGCUCUACGUACAAGAGCCACGACCAGCCAUCUCUGCCCAGAUGGCCAAGCUGGAGAAGAUGCCCUCCAUCCCUGAGGAGCCGGAGCUUCCUGAGAGCGAAGUGGAGCGUUUCACCAUGCCAGAUUUUGUGAAGCCGCUGUACGACCUGGACGUGAUCGAGGGGAAGGAGGCCGUGCUGAAGUGUAAGGUGGCCGGCCUGCCCUACCCCACCAUCUUCUGGUUCCACAAUGGGAUGAGGAUCGACAGCACCGAGGAAAGGAAGAUGACGCAGUUCAGAGACAUCCACAGCCUGGUGAUCCGGUCUGUGUGUCACAGCCAUGCAGGAGUGUACAAGAGCGUCAUCUCCAACAAGGUGGGCAAGGCCACCUGCUACGCCCACCUCUACGUCACCGAUGUUCUUCCUGACCCCCCCGAUGGGGCACCAGUGGUACGGUCCAUCACAGGGAAAACCAUCACCCUGGAGUGGAAGAAACCUCGACGACUAGACCCCUCCAUUGACCCCAGCUGCUUGAUGUAUGCCAUCCAGCAGCAAGCCCUGGGCUCCAUCCAGUGGAACAUCAUAGCAUCCAGCCUGAAAGAGACCUCCUACACCGUCUCCACGCUCUCCAAGGGAGUCCGCUACGCCUUCAGGGUGCUCUCCAUCACCACCAAGGCCUUCAGCAAGCCCUCCCCAGCCACCGAUGCAGUGCAGCUGCUGGACACAGGUCCCUAUAUUGAGGAGGCCCCAGUGAUCAUUGACAAGCCCGACGUUGUCUAUGUGAUGGAAAACCAGUCUGUCAGCAUCACCAUCACCCUCAACCACGUCAACGCAACCGUCAUCUGGAAGAGGAGGGGGCUGGUGCUGAGCAGCAGACCAGGCCUGUUUGAGAUGCUCAUGCCUGAUGACGACCAACACACCCUGAAGAUGCUGCGGGUGAAGCUGGCCGACGUGGGCCAGAUGGUGUGUGUGGCUUCCAACAAGUGUGGCAGUGACUCCUGCACCUUCAGCGUGGAGAUGGCUGCGCCCCCAACGUUUGAGAGUAUCAUGGAGGAUGUGGAUGUGUCUGUGGGGGAGACGCCUCACUUUGCUGUGGUGGUGGAGGGCAGUCCUGUCCCCGACAUCCUGUGGUUCAAGGAUGACGUACUGUUGUCAGAGAGCAGUCACUACACGUUUGUGUACGACGACAGCGAGUGUUCUCUGGUGGUUCUGAACACACGCGAGGAGGACUCUGGAGUGUACACCUGCACCGCCAGGAACCUGGCCGGGUCUGUGUCCUGCAAGGCUGAGCUCAGCGUGCGCCCAGAUGUUAAGGAGCAGCAGAAGCCCGAGCUGGAUGAGGAGACCCUGCUCAGGAGGAUGCGCCGGCUGACAGACUACUACGACAUCCACAAGGAGAUUGGGAGAGGGGCCUUCUCGUAUGUGAAACUUGUGACACAGAAAGCAGGAAAAAUUGAAUAUUCUGCCAAGUUCAUCUCAGCGCGAGCUAAGAGAAAAGCCUCGGCUCUGAGGGAGAUGAACCUGCUGUCUCGUCUUGACCACGAAAGAAUCCUCUACUUCCACGACGCCUUCGAGAAGAAGAAUGCUGUGGUCAUCAUCACUGAGAUCUGCAACGAGGAGUUACUGGAGAGGUUCAUCAAGAAGUCUAGUGUGAUGGAGUCUGAUGUCCGCUCCUGUAUGAGACAACUGCUGGAGGGGCUGGACUAUCUACACCGACAACAUCUCAUACAUUUGGACAUCAAGCCUGACAAUAUCCUCAUGGCCGAUCCCCAUGGCGACCAGAUCAGGAUCAGUGAUUUCGGCAACGCUGUGCAGCUGACACCAGACGAGGCUCAGUACUCUAAAUACGGCACCCCAGAAUUUGUUGCCCCAGAAAUAGUGAAUCAGACCCCUGUGUCCAUGGCAACGGACAUCUGGCCAAUUGGAGUCAUCACUUAUCUGUGUGUGACUGGCGUGUCUCCGUUUGCUGGAGAGGAUGACCGCAGCUCUCUGCUCAACAUCAGGAACUACAACGUGGCUUUUGAGGAGAGAAUGUUCGCGGACCUCUGUCGAGAAGCCAAGGGCUUCAUCAUCAAGCUGCUGGUCGCAGACAGGCUGAGGCCUGAUACCCAGGAAUGCCUUCGUCAUCCCUGGUUUAAGACACUCACAAAGGGGAAGGCUAUAAACACUGAAGCCCUCAAGAAGUUUGUGUCUCGUAGGAGAUGGCAGCGCUCUCUCAUCAGCUACAAAUCCAAAAUGGUCAUGAGGUCCAUCCCAGAGUUGCUAAAUGACUCCACCAACCAUAUCUCCAUAGCGGUACCCAGACACCUAAAGGAAGGUUCCCCACCACCUUCAUCUUCCUCCGAUUCGGACGAAGACAUUGACGAGCUUCCAUUCAUCCCAAUGCCAAUAACUGUGGAAUUUUCCGGAUCCAGAAUGUCCUUGACUGACAUCCAGGGAGAUGAGGAGGGGAUAGGCCAACCAAACGGGACCACUAAAACCCCAGUGUGUCCAGGGCAGGAGGUGCGAGAGGCUGCAGGGCUGGAGGCCCAGGGGGCAGACUCCUCGGGCAGGGGCCGGCAGAGGAAGAGGUCAGCUCAAGAGACCGAUAAAGGUUCCUCAGACGAUGAGCCCCCCGCGGAGCUGGCCCAGCCAGACCAGGCCAGGAGGCCUCUACGCAGGGGCUCCAGCAUGGACUCUGACAAACCCGACACUGGGAGCAGGAGAGGAACGCUCCGUCGAGGGGGCUCGGCCGACAGUGCCCUACUGCUACACAUCCCGCCGGAAGAAGGCCCUGGCGACGGCGCUCCCGAGAGUGGGAGGAAGAUCCUGAAAAAGGCUGUGUCCAUGGAACUGCCCAGGAGGAGUGGCAGCCCGGGGACGGCCACCAUGAGCCAGGAAGACUACGCUCUCAAACUGGAGCUGAUGAGGCAGAGGCUGCUGCGAGGCGGCUCAGUGGACAAGAAGAUGAGCGGCUUGCGGGGCCCCCUGCUGGAGACGCUGGGGAUGGGUGACGAUAAACGAGCGUCUUCUCUAGAGCGCCACUCUCGAGCGCCGCGCCUCGGCCCUCCUCCUCUGACCAGGGCUGCCUCCAGUGACUCCUCCAGAGAAGACGUGCCCAAACCCAAAGUCCUCCGCAAGAGCGCCUCCUUCAGCCAGGGGGACACAGAGCCCAUGCCCCUGUACCGGCGCUCAGGAGCCCCCCUGGAGAUCCCCCUGGCACAGAUAGAGGAGAGGAGACUCCAGGAGGCCAUAUCCAUGUCUGCUCUCACUGAGCAGAUAAAGCUGGAAUCCAGACCGGUCACUCCUAGAGAACCAUCCCCCAAGCUGCCUAUCCCAGAGCCAGCCAGACAGGAGAGUCCGACUAAGAUGGAGUACGAAGAUUCGCUGAUCAACAAAGAGACCAAAGCUGAAGAGUGUUCCAGUGAGAAACCAGAUGGGACGACCACUGACAGCACUUUUGAUGAAAGGUCAAGCACGAGUGGUUUCUCUGAGAAGGACAUGAGCAUGUCAGAGGAACCAAUGAUGGAAGCAGAGAACGUGGCCCAGAGAGACCCAAGCCCUCCCCCAGCCCAGAGAGACCCUCCCCCGGCCCAGACUUUCACCUUAGAGGAGAGAAUGGAAGAAGAAGAAGAGGAACACUUUGAGGAGAAGACUGAGGAGAGAGUUGAUAUGGUUGCUGAAACAAAAACGGUAGAAGAAGUACAAGUUGAAGAAGAUAUUGAAGAGGAAGUGAAGACACCGGUGAAGUCUGAGAUGGUCAUCUCCACCAGCUCUAUUAUGGUCUCUCCAACACAGGUUUAUUCAAGAGGUCCAGCCAACGUGGUGUCGUCGUACGUGACACCCACACCCCCCGCUAGAGUUACACUCCCAGACGGCACCACCUCAGCAUACGCCAGCAUAAUGCAGACCAUCAUGGUCCCCUCCCUGCAGCCCCUGAAGAAUCCUCCGCUUGGUCCCUCCACCCCGGUGGGUCUGAGGACUCCUGAACCAGCGCUGGACUCCACACCUCCAGCUGUCCCUGGCCCGUCCAGACCAGUGGUAGCCCUCACCACCGAACACCCUGCCGUGUACUCCAGAGUGGCCUCUCCAGAGCAGCUUUCCAAAGAGCCCAGCCCACCCCUGACAGCCCCCUCGCCCCCCGCGGCCCCCCCUCUCGGGGGCAGCUUCCAGGACAUCGCCUCUGAAGAGGUGUUUGAGGCCCGCUUCAGGAAGCGUGAGUCUUCUCUGACCCGAGGCCUCAAACUCCUUUCCUGGUCAAAGAACGAGGACAAGCCCGCCGCAUCCUCGGACUCUACAGAGUUCAGCGAGGAGAUCUACAGACCCGGGCCAACCGGAGCCCCGCUGGAGAUCUCCUCCAGGAGGCUGGAAGAGAAGUCCAAGUCUGUCCAGGACCUCCGCGAGGCCCAGAAGGACCAGGGCUUUAUGAGGCGCCUCUCCAUGAGACUCCGCAGGACCCCGUCGGCCGAGCGCAAGGAGGAGAAGCCGAAGGAGGAGGAUCCAGUCUCCCCCAAGAGGAGGCUGUCCUGGGCCCUGGGCCGACGGGGUUCCCAGGAGAGGAAGGAAGUAGAGAUGAAGAGGAUGGACGGAGAGAGCGAACCGCCAACGGAGGAGGGGAUGGAACUCAAGAAGCCCAACGAGUCUCCUGUCCUUGCUAUGCGCAGGAAGAUAGAGUCGACCGUGGCAGGGAUCUCCAUGAAGAUCCGCAGUGUCUCUGAGGAGAGGCGGACGGAGGACAAGGAGGCCAAGCCAGAGAGUAAGAAGACUCCCAUCCUCUCCAUGCUGCGCAGGUCCACGUCAGAGGGCCGGGGUUUGAAGAGUAUGGCUGUGCCUCAGAACCAGCUGGCCACUCAGUCAGGAAGCACGGCCUCCUCCGAGUCUCUGGGAUCCGUGUCCAGUGUGAAGUCAGAAACAGUUUCCAGAGCAGGUGGCGAGGGCGAGCGCAGGUCUCGCUGGGAUCGCUGGGGCUUGACCCGAGGACGCAGGGACAAGACUGUGUCUCAACCCGACAUCCCCUCAGCCAUCGCCAGGGAGAACGGCUCUCUCGGCUCACGCCAGUACUCCAGACUGGCCUCUGACUUCCCUCCUGUGUUCCACAUCAAGCUGAGGGACCACGUCCUGCUGGAGGGAGACCCCAUCACCCUCAGCUGUCUCCCGGCUGGAUCGCCACACCCUCACAUCCACUGGAUGAAAGACAAGAAGCCUCUGGAGAUAGAUGCCAGGAUGAACAUGAUUGCCUGUCCAGACGGCCGGCAGCUGCUGAUGAUAAUGAAGACCACCAAGAAGGACGCGGGCCUCUACGAGUGCGUGGCCACCAACCCCCUGGCAGCCGUGUCCAGCUCAUGCACACUCUCCCUCGCACGUCUCCCCAGUCGUCCUGGGACCCCCGAGGUGCCUCAGAGGUACAGGAACACGGCCCUGGUGCUGUGGAGGCCCUCUGACACCAUGGCCCCCUGCACCUACUCCCUGGAGAGGAAGGCAGAGGGUGAGGUCAACUGGCUGAUAGUGGCCACAGGAGUGGCCGACUGCUACUACAAUGUCGUUGACCUGCCAGCAGGGGGCGCGUUCAGGUUCCGGGUGGCAUGUGUCAACAAAGCAGGCCAAGGGCCCUACAGCAGCCUGUCUGAGAUCGUCUGCCUGGACACCGCAGAACAACUCAAGUCCAGUGGAGCGGUGGUGGUUAACACUACCCCUUCCCCUCCCGUGGUGAUGAUGUCAUCAAUGACGGUGCCCCCCAUUAAAACCCCUAGUAAAGGGGCAGCCCCCUCCACUCAACCCCCAGCCCCCCUUGCCCCCUCCCCACAACCCCCAGCAGGAACUUCUCUUCUAAAACCGCCUGGCCCUCCCUCUGUCCAGCCCUCCAUCCAGGCAAUCUCCCCCUCCAGCCCUCCUCCCUCCAGCCCUCCUCCCUCCAGCCCUCUCCCCUCCACGCCCCAGGCUCUGCCACCUCCGGCCAAAUCCAAGACCACCCUCAACAUUAACGUAGGGAAGCCCGCGCCCUCUCCCGUAAAACUGGCCCCGCCUGUUGUCCUUCCCAAACCCCAAAGCCCAACCAACAUCGUCCCCCCCACGGCUAAAACUCCUCCCACCUCCGGCCCUCUGCUCGUAAGCCCACCCCCCUCCAUCGGCAAGCCCAUCUCCUCUCUGCCCAUGUACGCUCCUGUCUCCACGGCUCGCCUCACCCCUCCCUCUCCCUCCAGCGCUCCGGCCCCGGCCCUGGCCCCUCCCGUGGUGCUGGUCUCUAGUCUGACCCCCGUCAUGGACGGAGGCCCGGGCCCCUCGGGGAGAAGCACCCCCUCGGGGCGUAUGACCCCCUCGGGGCGUAUGACCCCCUCGGGGCGCAGGACCCCCUCAGGAAAGUCUGGAGACGGGUCCCUGCGUCAGGGGGUUCCCCAGAAACCGUACACCUUCAUGGAUGAGAAGGCCAGGGGGCGGUUUGGCGUGAUCCGGGAGUGCCGUGAGAACGCCACAGGGAACCUGUUCAUGGCCAAGAUCGUGCCGUAUGAGGCAGAGAGCAAGCAGGCGGUCCUGCAGGAGUACGACAUCCUCAAGUCGCUCCACCACGACAAGAUCAUGGCUCUGCACGAGGCCUACGUCACUCCUCGCUACCUCGUCCUCAUCUCCGAGUGCUGCAGCGGCAAGGAGAUCCUCUACAGCCUCAUAGACAGGUUCCGCUACUCUGAGGAUGAUGUGGUGGGGUACAUAGUCCAGAUCCUGCAGGGACUGGACUACCUUCAAAACCGACGCAUCCUGCACCUCGACAUCAAGGCAGAGAACAUCAUCGUCACCUACAUGAACGUUGUGAAGAUCAUCGACUUUGGCAGCGCCCAGAACUUCAACCCUCUGUUCCUGAAGCAGUUCAGUCCACCGGUGGGGACUUUGGAGUACAUGGCUCCUGAGAUGUUGAGAGGAGAUGUGGUGGGACCUCCUGCUGACAUCUGGAGCCUGGGCGUGCUCACGUUCAUCAUGUUGAGUGGGUGCUUGCCCUUCAUGGAGAAUGAUCCUCGGGAGACUGAGGCGAGGAUCCAGGCUGCAAAGUUUGACCUUGGAAAGCUAUACCAGAAUGUGUCUCAAAGUGCCUCUCUGUUCCUGAAGAAGAUUCUCUGCAGCUACCCCUGGGCGCGUCCCUCCAUCAAGGACUGCUUCAACAACUCCUGGCUGCAGGAUGCCUACCUGAUGAGGCUGCGGCGGCAGACCCUCACCUUCACCACCACGCGCCUCAAAGACUUCCUGGCUGAGCAGCAGCGAGGCCGUGUCGAGGUGGCCACCAAGCACCGCGUCCUGCUGCGCUCCUACCAGAACACGCCUCCCAGCCCCGCCUCACCCGCCUCCACCCUCACGCCCGCUGCUCACUGACAGCCUGGAAGCAGGAGGACCUGCAGUCUGUAUGAAGGCAGGAUGCGGUGCCCAGAGGUGGGGGAGCUCCCUGGAUCCUCGAGCGGGGUCACUCCUCCUGGGGAACCUGCAGGGGCCUGGCCUCCAGGAACCAGAACUGUUUUAUAGUUUCUUACUCGAUCAUGAAAUUAUUCACAAACACUGGAAGACACCUGAGAUGGGUCUCUGGCUCCAUAUCAUCAGAGCUUCUGGUAGCUUCUCAAAACUCUGGAUUUGUGUUAAGCCUUUCCUGUCUGAGUUGUAAAGAUGGAAGGAUCUCCAUCUCACUUUCAACACGAUAUUUUCUCUAGACAUCAAUGUGUGAUGUAAAUGUGUAAUUCUAAAUCCUAAAUAUAUUCAUUUUAGUGGAGAGAUGGUGUUUCUCGUCUCUGCUAAUUGUUUAGUGAAGGACACACAUCUUACAUCUUUACUGUUCUUAUCAGGACAGCUUCUGAGAAUGAAUUGAUAAGAAUUUUUUGUAACUUUUUAACAAAACAUAAUCGACAAAGAGACAGCACAGUAUGCAAAUGUAUUAUCUAAGGGUUUGUCACUAACCCAUGAAGUGAACACGUUUGUACAUGAUCAACAAGGGCUACUUGAAGAAGCUACAAAUUGAAGAAUGCAAAAUACUUUUUAACUAGUGGAGGGUAGGCCACAAAAUGUCCUUAUUCCUUACAUUGCUUAUUCAAAAAUAAUGUCCGUGCAUUUUGGUCACCUGGUGUUUCCAUAAUGCACUUUUGACUAAGAAGAUAUCAGAUCAUUAAAGGUAGCCUGGUUUAGGGUUUCUGGAAUCAACAAGUGCCCUUACUUCAAUUAAAACCUUUUGACAAAACCAUUAAUUUAUUACCACUGAGAUAACAAACAGAUUUAUUGACAUUAAGACGGCAUUUGAGGUAUUUUGUCUGAUAUGCAGCUUACAAAACAAAAUCUACCGUAUUACUAUUUGACACUUCUUAGUUACGUCGGAUGAUCUUACCAGAGGUUUUAGUUAUUAGUUUACCUAGUCAUUACCGACAUUUGUGCGUAUGAAUCAAAUCCACACACAAAAUGAGAACUUUUAAAAGUAAAGUAUUUUGCUAAGUAUUUGACAUUUUAUCAAGCUUUAGGUGAUGUUUGUUUGUUGAUCGAUUUUACAAUAGUUUGGGUUCUCUAGCUGCUUAAAAUCAGCCCAGCACGAUAAAGCACGUUUGGUUUAUGAAUAUAUCAUAUAUUUAUUGUUUAAGCCCUAUCAUCAUGGGCCAAAUUCAAUAUCAAUGCAUGCUAUUUGAGUUUUUUUUGAGUUUCACAAACUUAUUAAAAUCAACGCAUGAUUUAUAGAUUUAUACCUUAACGUUCAGAACCAGAUGUGGUGAAUGUAGGCUGUGGUCAGGAGCGGUGCUUGAUUUGUGUCAUUGUGUCAUUGUGUCAUGCUUUCUAGUUUCAGAAUCUUAUUUAUUAGACGGACACCGUAACUCCUGCUAUUACACUCCAUAGUCAAGAAUAGGCUUGAGGUUGUGGUGGCUGCUGUUGUGUCCUGUCAUUUGAAUUUGAAGAUUACGUAUUUGAAGAUUACGUAUGUUUUAGUUGUUUUGGGCAGUCAAUGAUUCAUCCAGUAAAUCUUCAAAAUGAUUAAGGACAUCAUCAAAUCCUGGAUUUUACAAAUAAAGUUUCUUAUGAAUAUUAAUUUAUUAACCCUCAGAUAUAUUCCUUUCUGUAUAGCGUAUGACGUCUUUUCAAACCAAGAAAUGUGGUCAAAGAGUUGGUAUAAUGAGCAGUGUAGAUACUUGCCUAAAUGCCAAAUGGCAGGAAUGAUACUGUAUCAGAAGUCUUCUGUGGACAAGAGUGCUUUUAACAGUUUAAAAAGGUGAGGACACUUUUGGACAUGGACCUGAAUUAAAUAUUCAGAAUAUGUUUUAGUAUGAUAAUAAAAACACAUUUCCUAAAAUAAACGCCAGUUAUGUUUUGGGGACAUUAAGUCACUGGAUUGCUUUCUUUGUGUUAGUUUUGUGUGUAUUUAUUGAGUGAUUGAGUGGUCAUGUUUGGUGCAACCUACAGUAAACUUGUUCUCUUCUAAAUAAAAAAUCUCCUAAUUUCUGAAUUGGGUAUGAAACAGGCAUGACAGCUGACAUUGCUGCAGAUAAUAAAGGAAAUCCUACCUA